AGGGCGCUGGGGAGGGUGGAGACACAUGCGCGCUGCCUGCCACCGCCGCUGCCGCCGCUGCAGUCCUUAGCUUCCCCAGGACAGGAAACCUUCGAGACCGAGCUGCCACUGCCGCCUCUUCGUCAGCCCCUCGUUCUGCGCCUGCCACUCCGUCCUCCCCUUCUCCCAGCAUCUCUCGGUGGAGCGCUGCAGGAACUCGGCACCUGGUGCCGGCUCCCCUUCCCUGGGUAAAGCUGUGACGCCCCCCGCUGCAGCGGCGGAGCGGGGUGGGGGUGGGGGCCCGGGAGAAGAUGGCGACGCCGGGAAGCGAACCCCAAUCUUUCGUCCCUGCCCUCUCGGUGUCUACUCUGCACCCACAUCAUCAUCCCCACCAUCACCACCACCACCAUCAGCACCACGGAGGAACCGGAGCCAACGGCGGGGUUGCGGGAGGCAGCGGCGGCAGCAGCGGGGGCUUCAACCUACCCUUGAACCGGGGGCUGGAACGCGCACUGGAGGAAGCCGUCAACUCUGGGGGGUUGAACCUCAGCGCUAGGAAACUGAAGGAAUUUCCCAGGACCGCGACCCCCGGGCACGACCUCUCGGACACGGUGCAGGCAGAUUUAUCUAAGAACAGACUGGUUGAAGUUCCAAUGGAAUUGUGCCACUUUGUAUCACUGGAAAUUCUUAAUCUGUAUCAUAAUUGUAUCAGAGUCAUUCCUGAGGCCAUCGUUAAUCUGCAGAUGCUGACUUACUUAAACUUGAGUCGAAAUCAGCUGUCCACCCUGCCCGCCUGCCUGUGUGGUCUGCCUCUCAAAGUUUUAAUUGCAAGUAACAACAAACUUGGAUCGCUGCCAGAAGAGAUUGGUCAGCUCAAACAGUUAAUGGAGUUGGAUGUCAGCUGCAACGAGAUCACAGCCUUGCCCCAGCAGAUAGGUCAAUUGAAAUCUCUACGAGAACUGAAUGUCAGAAGGAAUUACCUUAAAGUUUUACCACAAGAACUAGUAGAUCUUCCCUUGGUAAAGUUUGACUUUUCCUGCAAUAAAGUGCUCGUGAUUCCCAUUUGUUUUAGAGAGAUGAAGCAGCUGCAAGUAUUACUACUUGAAAAUAACCCUUUGCAGUCUCCUCCAGCACAGAUUUGCACAAAGGGAAAAGUGCACAUAUUCAAGUAUCUGAGCAUACAAGCCUGUCAGAUUAAAGCAACUGACUCUCUUUAUCUGCACACGAUGGAGAGGCCACAAUUACACCAGCAUGUGGAAGACAGCAAGAAGGAUUCUGAUUCAGGCGUUGGAAGUGAUAAUGGAGAUAAGCGAUUAUCGGCCACAGAGCCUUCUGAUGAAGACACUGUUAGCCUUAAUGUUCCAAUGUCAAAUAUCAUGGAAGAAGAACAGAUCAUCAAGGAGGACUCAUGCCAUCACCUUAGUCCCAUAAAAGGGGACUUUCGUCAGGAAUUUCGAUCAAAGCCUUCCCUUGGUGACAAUGACAACUCUGGAGAAGAAAGAGACCAAUUUACCCAUGGAACAGAUGUUCUCCACUCGGAAUUUAUAAAUUAUAUUAAGGAUAGGGCAGAAGACUGUGAAGAACUGUUACGGAUAGAAGAGGAUAUACACUGGCAGCCCGAGGGAAUUUCAUCUAAAGACCAGGAAAUUACUACAGCGAUGAUUGAACAGCUGAGAGAAGCAGUAGAUUUGCUGCAAGAUCCCAACAGAUUAAGCACCGAUAUAACAGAGAAAAAUGUGGUAAACUUUUAUCCAAAGGAAUCAGCAGAAGCCUUAGAAUUACAAGAUUCUGCACUGAACGGUCAAAUGCAGCUGGAGCCAUCUCCGGUGUGUGAGGUGCAAAAUAAUCUAACAUCACAGAGUAAUGGGAGUGAAUAUUCUCCAAAUAAGAUUAGAGAAAACUCCCCUGCAAUCUCUCCUACCACCAGCAGUACAGCUCCGUUUGGCCUGAAGCCUCGAUCAGACCCUGCCCUCACUCUUCCUCCUAUCUCCUUCAACACACUUACACAGGCACAAACAUGGGACAACUCUAGCUACAGUGUUCCAUCUGAAGGAGACAGUGACAAUGUGUUUCUAAGACCUCAGAGAAAUUUGGAAUCUAUAGACCCGCAGUUUACAAUUCGGAGGAAAAUGGAACAAAUGAGAGAAGAAAAAGAACUGAUGGAACAACUCCGUGAGAGCAUUGAGAUGAGACUCAAGGUCAGCCUGCACGAAGAUCUGGGGGCUGCGCUCAUGGAUGGUGUUGUCCUCUGCCAUCUGGUCAAUCACAUCCGCCCGCGAUCUGUUGCAAGCAUCCACGUCCCCUCACCAGCAGUUCCCAAGCUUAGCAUGGCCAAAUGCAGAAGAAAUGUGGAAAACUUUUUGGAAGCAUGCCGAAAAUUAGGAGUACCAGAGGCUGACCUCUGCUCUCCGUAUGACAUCCUGCAGUUGGAUUUUCGUCACAUUCGAAAGACUGUUGACACUCUGCUGGCACUCGGGGAGAAACCCCCACAACCAACUUCUGCCCUCCGCUCCAGGGACCUUAUAAGCUUCUGUCUUGUCCAUAUUCUCUUUAUAGUGCUGAUCUAUAUCACUUACCGCUGGAAUGCCCUGUCUGCAUAACGUCUGCAUGUGCAUCCAAGCGCUCUGCUCUGUCCCUGAUCCGUUAGGAGUCCUUCCUCCAUCUGACCCUUUGCCUUGCAAACUUCCCGUUAUCUCUUCAGUAGUCUCUUGAGUUUUGAAGCUGAACAUUUACCAAUCAGAUUUUCCAAAAGCACAAACUUAUAGAAUGCAGUUCCCUUUAAGUAACUUCUCACUUACUGAAAAAAAGUGACAAGGAAGUGUAUUCACACCUCAUGCUUCCUCAGCCACAGCCCACAUCAUGCCAGCAGGGGUGCUAUAUAGGUCCUCUUCCCUCUCCCUGCCCUGGGUAGAGUAGAAGAAGUUUCCAGAACAGGAACAAAAGGGAAUAUGAAAAUCUUUCCUUUGCAGUAUUUAAGUCCAACCUAAUUCAGGACUGGGCAAUUGAGUUGUAGAGGUCCUCCCCACCCCCCACCCCCCUUUGCAGGGGAGACAGAAAACCAGCAUUUUGGCCCAAUUUGGUCUAUAAAACUCUUUAGUAAAAUAACAAACAAACAACAAAAAAAAAAACAAAAAAAAACUAUUGACCAAAUUGAAAAAUCCCAUCUGGGGAAUGACUGCUUUGCUGGCCAGUUAGUUGGAUUGCUCGCUGUUUCCUAGGAUGGGAGCUGUAAGGGGCACCAGGGCGGGUUGCUGCCCACUUCUACCCUGAGCCAGCCCUUUUGCCCUGCUGCUUGAGACAGCUGCACAGAAGGGGCGCUGGGGAAGGAAAGGCCAUCUGUGUUAGAGCACCGCCUGGGAGAUUUGCUUGCACACCAAUUCCCAUGUAUUUUUACUUCUCCUUGUUAGCCUCUUUAAGCUCUUAGAAGAGCAUUUUCCGGAAGAGAUUUCUAUUUUUAAAUAAUGUAAUAGGUCAUUUUGGCUUUUUCUACAUCACAUUUUUAACAGCUGAUCCAGAAUGUGAUAGAUUUGACUAUUUGUUUUCAAAUAAAGUCAUGAGUCAUGGAACAUUCUUGGUCCUGGAGCCUGGUUUCUGUGGCAGGAGCUAAUAAUAAGAUUGCUCUUAUUUUAGAAGAAUGUAAUUUCUCUAAUGAAUUGAAAUUUCCAUUUAACCAUUGUUAGCAUUCUGCUUUUAUUUUUAGUAAGCUUAAAGGAUUAUAUAUUAACUAUAUCUGCCUUGGAGCAAGGUGGUCAGUUUGUAUUGAAAAGAUAAAACCAAUAGAAUUUAAUCUAGGCCAAAAUAUUUCUGGUUCUGGGUUGUCUUUUUCUAAUAUGAGAAAGCCCUGCUCCAAGGUUAAGACAUAUUCCCUAUUUUCAGUCUAAUCUGGUUGCUAAAUAUUGUUUAUUAAAUUGGGGAGCUGAUGGAGUUAACUUCCUCAAGAUAAAUUUCUAGUUUACUGUGAUGCAAGUGAUCUUCAUAGACAGCUACUAAGAUGAUAAUUGUAUUUUUAUGAACAUUUCCAUGAAUCCAGGCUACUGGAGGAUGUAGAAAACCCAUCUAGUUAGACAAGUAUAUUUAUAAAGAUUCUUUGUUGCUAAUCAGCUCAGAUUUUCUAACGGGAGAUGGAUGACAUUCUUUACCUGAUAAAGUAACUGAGUUAACUGAGCCUUUUCCUUCUGAGUUUGUAUUGAUUGGUGAAAUACAGGGUAUGUGAAGUUAUCGAAUUAACCUUAGUUGUGUAUAAAUAACCUGCAGAUGUACUGAAUUGUCUUUGGUGCUAUCUUGUACUCUUCAAUCUGUAACAAUAAAAUCCCUUUGUACAAUGUCUAACCAGCACCCUGAGCCAUAAGUUCUUAAUAAACACAUUUUGGGUGAUUAUUCCAAGUUUUUAUCAGCCCAUCAGUACAUUUUUUGUGCACACCCAGAGUGGCGCUCACCAUUUCCAUCUAGCUCUGCAGUGCAUUGAGGCUUCCUUUAAUGAUCAGCACUGUUGGUUUGUUUUUCUUCUUGGGGAGCGGGGACGAGGGGGGCACCACAGGGGAGAAGAGAGAUAACUCACUGGGUGGCCACCUAGAAGAAAAUUUUGUCAAUGUAGACCAAUCAUGUGAGAUCAGAUUUAGUUUUCUGGGUUGAUUCGACAUUGUUCUGUAGCUAUGUUCAUAUUUCAAUUCAGGUGUCUAAAGUAGUUUUUUGGACACGCUUUCAUUUCUCAUGUCAUUACUGUAUCUGCACCCUAGUGUGCUUCUCCCCUAGGGAUCUGUUGGGUGGCAUUUUUUCAUCAAGUAGUAUGAUAGCUAGCAGAACACAGUUAAUGUAGCCCUUUAAGAAAAACUUUUAAUGAACUGUCUUGCCCAUUAUCAGGCUGUUAAUUUGUAUUCAGAAUAUAAACCCUCUCCAUGGUUCUUCCCCAAGGUACCUGCAACUCAUCCUAGCUUGAUGCUGCCAUUAUAGUGUGCCUAUAGUGUGCCUGGGGACACAUGGCUGACCUGCUUGUCUUCUGCGAGGUGGUCAGGGGUUUAAUUGUGUGAUAUGUAUGUGCAUACUAAAUCUCCUUCCUCUGAUAAGAAAGACCAUUUUUCAGAUUUCCUUCCCAUGCCUGAUAACAAGAACCAAGUACUUAUUUACUUUAAAAACAAAACAAAACAGACUGAUCUAUUUGAAAUAGAAGGUUCUCUUUCUCUAGUUCCUCCAAAUGGUGGCAACUCACCACUCACUGUCAGGAUUUCUACAAUGUGUGAUAACUAAUUCCUAUUCAUUCCCUCUGUUUACAGAUUUGUGGUUUGCAUGCAGCUUACUGUCCUCUGGGAGAGACACUUAUAAAAUAGGGCGUGUGUAAAGGGGGUCCUACAGAGUUCAAAAGUAAGAUAAUUCAGUAGGAAUUUCAUCAGUGAGAGUAGAUAAGUAAAGGCACUUGAUAUUCUGAUACCAUUUGUGAGUAAGAAAUUAAAUUUAGUGCUUGGUGGUUUGGAUUCUCUCUAUAAUCCAUACCUACUGCUGCCGUAAAAGGAAAAAGUCGUAAGGACAAAAGUUGUUUCAUCUUCAGGGUAAAGGUAAUGUACAAUGGGUUAAAAUUUCAGGAGUCUAAAUUGAGUCCUGAUUCGAUGGAAAAUAUUUUGGUGAUUUUAUUUAGGAGAUUUUUUUCUUUAAAUUAGGCUUCACAUUUUAAAAUUAGUUCUCAAUAAACAAUCAGGUAUAUAAGUGUGUGCCUUUUGCCUUCUUUAACUAUCAGAGUCCAGUUCUUUGGAUUUUCACCACAAUUUUGGUUAUGCUUGUGUUCAUUUAUUCAUUCCUCAGAGAGCUCAUGUGGCAGAACAGGAACAUGAAGUCCCCUUAUGUUAAAGCACUGGAGACCAUUUUGUUUCAAGUUUCAAUCAAGUUAGUGCCAGGCAUUUACAUUUUAGGUAAAAUGUGCUGAUGUGAAUGACUUCAUUUUGUCCAAUAGUUGGCCUGGGAAGUAGGCGUGUAGCUGUUUGGGAGAAUAAGGGACCAUGGAAAGAGGAGCCAGCCAGGCAGUGACAGUGUGCAGUCUGCCUGCUCCUGCCCCUCACUGUGAAAAGGAGCCAGAUGAGCUGAGUGGCAGAGCUAAUGCCUUUCGCCAAGUUGAGGGUUCUCUUAUCCCCCACCUGAUGCUGAAUGUGUUGGGUCUUGCCUAGAUAGGACUUUGAGGGUCCAGAGCCUCUUCUGUCUCAUGGGCACAAGACGGAACAUACUUGCUGUUGGUCAAAGACACUAUGAGAAGCAGCAUGAUGUCUGGAAGGAGCCUCAACUCUAAUAUGAUUCACAUGUUCAAAUCUGGUUUCAGUUCUUACCAUCUGUGUGACUUCAGUGAACUUACUUAAACACUCUACAUCUCAGUUUUCUUAUCUGUAAAACCAAGGUAUUAUGUCUUUCUGACAAGGUUGUCAGAAAGAAAUAAUCAAUGCAGAUCUGGAGCAUUGGUGCCAGGCGUCUAGGAGGUACCCAGGAAGUCUAAGUUAGCAUGUAGUCUUUAUGGUGUGCCUGCCUUUGCCAGCCCUGUUUGCUGUGGUUCACAGAGGGGCAGGUGAGGGGAUGAGUGAACCUCAUUGACUCCACCAUCAGAGAAAAAAAAACAAAGCAUGAUUUCUUCAGAGGGGAUCGGAAGCAUUAUUGUUAUGCAAGAUAGUAAUUAUGACUGUUCUGUGUU